AUGAAGGCUACCACUCUCCUCGGUUUGUUCGCCUUUGCUGGCAUUGCCCUAUCCGCAGCCCUAGAGCCUAUCAUCACCAGAGACGUGGACGGCGACCUUCCACCCAUGACUUGGACCGGCCCUACCAAGGUUGGCGGAGAGGAAGUCACGCUCCACGGGACUGUCCAAGAAAUCUACGCCCAGCUCACGGCCAUCAACCCCCAGUACAAUGCCCUCGACUUCCCAGAGUACCGGAAGAAAGUCGAGGAGGUCGCAGUGCUACAAGGUCUUACUCCUGAAGAGUUUGUCAACGGCAAUUCAACAUCGUCUUCAUCUCUCCAAAAGAGAGACUGGAUGAACUGCGACGUCGCCGGAGACAUGGUCCUUUACUCCGGGUUUUCCUGUAAGGAAGGUAAAGACUACCUCGUCAGGCUCGGCAAUGGCCUUUGCGGUGCGCCCCCUGGCCCCGGAGGGUGUCACAGUUCUAUGAACAGUCAUCAGGGGCACGUGAUAUCUCACGUGCUGGCCGUACCCGUAUAA